AUGGCGCUCAGCGAUGCAGAUGUCCAAAAGCAGAUCAAGCACAUGAUGGCCUUCAUCGAGCAAGAAGCCAAUGAAAAGGCCGAGGAAAUCGAUGCUAAGGCUGAGGAGGAGUUCAACAUCGAAAAGGGCCGUCUGGUCCAGCAGCAGAGGUUGAAGAUCAUGGAGUACUAUGAGAAGAAAGAAAAGCAGGUCGAACUCCAGAAAAAGAUCCAAUCCUCCAACAUGCUGAACCAGGCUCGUCUCAGGGUGCUCAAAGUACGUGAAGACCAUGUACGCAACCUGUUGGACGAGGCCCGCAAGCGCCUGGCUGAAGUACCCAAGGACCAGAAGAUGUACAGUGACCUGCUGACCGCACUCAUCGUGCAAGCCCUCUUCCAGCUGAUGGAGCCCGCAGUGACCCUGCGUGUGCGUCAAGCAGACAAGUCCUUGGUAGAGUCAGUCCUUUCAAAGGCCCAGAGUGACUACAAAGCUCAGAUCAAGAAGGACACUGUAUUGAAGAUCGACGCUGACAACUGGCUGCCACCUGACACCUGCGGUGGAAUUGAGCUCGUCGCUCUCAGGGGACGCAUCAAGAUCUGCAACACCCUGGAGUCUCGCCUGGAGUUAAUAGCCCAGCAGCUGUUGCCCGAGAUCCGUACCGCCCUCUUCGGCCGCAACCCUAACCGUAAAUUCAACGAUUAA